AUGGCCAGUUCAUUCGUAGGUGAGUCAACUCGCAAAACACGACCCACCUCUCCCCUUUUCCCCAAACCCUUUCGCACCUCAACCUUCCCCACUCACUCCACCGCCUUCCCUCCUCCCUUCCUUCCUUCCGCUCCGCUCCCUCUCUUUCCCUCCUCUCUCUCUCUCUCUCUCUCUCUCUCUCUCGUAUAUAACAUCCAUCCCAGGUCUUCCCGUCCGUUGUAACCUACGUAACGGUAAAAUCAUCACCGGUCUCGUAGCGGGCGUCGAUGCGGUUAGAGGUACGAUCACAAUCGAGAGCUCUUCUUCGGGAGCUCAUUACGAUCUACCGAGGGCCCAAGUCGUGAAUUUGGAAUUGUUGAGUUUGGCUAAACAGGCGCAGGGGGAAGGGGUCGGCGCAAAGGGAGGGGGAAGGAAGAGUCGAGGUGGGGAAGAGGGGGUGCAGGGUUCGAAGGAGGGGGUGUCGUCUUUGGGAGGAGGAGUUGAGGACAAGGUGUCGCGACGAGCGGCCCAGAGUACGACCCCUGCUCACGAAGUCGGAGAGUCCAAACGAAGUACAUCCGUCGCACAACACGUGACUAAACCACAGCCAGUCAGUCCAAAGGUCACGCGUGUUCGUUGAUGCGCCCGAAUUCGUAAAGCUGAUGUGGGCUUUUUUUCUGGCUGGAUAACGUCCAGUCCAAUAUCUCGGAAGACUUUGAUUUCGGAGCGGGGCUCGAUCAAUUCGACAAGCAGCGCGAGUUCGCGGCCAUCAAAGUCGGUUACCAUCACUUGGGAAUUUGGGACACCUUCUAUCGAACUUGGGGUCUUGCAGAGCUGAUUGUGCAUCCUCCACUCCCAGUCCCAAGACCGCACCGACCCAGCCCUACGCCUCGUCUCGCACAACAAGCAAACCAAACUCCUACCAAACGAGAACGUCCUCUCCGUCGCCGAACUCGAACAACAGACGCAGCAACUAGCCCAAUCCUUGGCCCGGUUGGAUCCAGGAAGGACGACCCAAGUCAACACGACGAAAAAGAUGAAGGAGGGGGGCGUCUUGCGUACAAAGAGGGGAGUGAUCGCGCCUUGUUUGACGAGGGGGCAGUACCGCGAAGUGGUUUCGAUCGCGGAGGUGAGUUUUCCCCCAAGACUCGACUCGGGCUAUCGUAUUUACUUGAACUCAUUUGGCUUUCAUGUUUCGUUUGAUCAGAUUGAAACCGGCCCCACAUCCCUCCAGCGAACCGAAGCCGGCUCCCGGGCCCUAGGUCAACUCAUACUAUCCUUUCAACCCGAUUCAAACGCCGCUUCCACCCCAUCAUCCUUAUGCAUCCUCUGCGGUUCCAAAGCGAUCGAAAAGUCAACCUUGGCUUUGCGGGCGGGGACGAUGUUGGUCAAUAGGGGUUAUCGAGUCGUGGCGUAUGUGGCGAGUAUGGAAGGGGUUGCCGAGGCGGCUUUAAGAGGCUUUUCGGCGGCCGGGGGUAGACUGGGGAGGAAUGUGGCCGGUCAGUUACGGCAGAAAGAGAUACCGUUCGAAUGAGACGCAUCGUUCAGUCAGCUGAAUCUGGGUUUCCGUCCUCAGAUUUGCCGAACGACUUUGAUCUCGUCCUUGACGCGAUCGCGGAUGAGCAAGAUCAAAUCACCGAGAUCCCCGCACAGGAUCUGACGAUUCUUCGUUGGACAACGACGAGGAACCAAGCUCCGAUUAUCGCGAUCGAUACUCCUUCUGGAGGAGAAGGUAGGUCGAAGAUCAGCUUUCGAACGUCCUUCCCAAAGGCUAUAGAACUGACGGUUGCUACCCCUCCCACCAAACUAGGCGCGCUUGUCCCAGCGUAUACACUCCAUCGAACGGCGUUACGAACACCGACGUCUUCCAACACCCAGCAUGUCAUUCUGGAUGAGGGGAUCUCGCCCAAGCUGCUGAGGCGUUUGGGUGGCCUGGUUAGUGAUGAGGUUGAAGGGCUCUUUGGGAAGAAUUUGUUCGUGGAGGUCUCAUAG